UUUUGUGAUGACGCGCAGUGAUUGCGUCAUCUAAAAAGCGACAAAUACUUCCAACGCAACCUUUGCAUAACGGAGCUUAGGUUUUAUUUUCUUUUAGUAUUUUGUCUAGUAAUCUAGAUUGUCACCGUCUAGUAAUUAUGCAGAGAGCCACGAAUUACGUUUUGGGCCGUGUUGUUUAUCCGUUAAACGGAGGAAAUGUUCUUGCUGUCAUUAACCGAGGAACAUGGCACCAGUCUCCAUCCUUUAUUCCAGUAAACAGCUCCCUGUUAUGCAGAAAGUACACUACUCUUCCUCCUCCUCGGGACAAAGAGGAGAAAGCCUUACUGGACAGCAUGCUACGUGUGGACCAUGCAGGAGAAUACGGGGCCAAUCGCAUCUACGCCGGACAGAUGGCUGUUUUGGGAAGAACUCAGACAGGUCCCCUUAUCCAGCACAUGUGGGACCAAGAAAAGAUGCAUUUGCAGACGUUUAAUGAGAUCUUGGGGGAGAACCGAGUGCGACCGACACUCAUGCUGCCUCUGUGGAACGUUGCAGGAUUUUUACUUGGAGCAUCUACUGCACUUCUGGGGAAAGAGGGAGCCAUGGCCUGCACUGUGGCGGUGGAGGAGAGCAUCUCUGAACACUACAACAACCAAAUCCGCACACUAAUGGAGAAGGAUCCCGAGAGAUACGAGGAGUUAUUACAGCUCAUUAAAGAGUUUCGUGAUGAUGAACUAGAGCAUCACGACACUGGGCUGGAACACGACGCCGAGUCGGUUCCUGGAUAUCCGGUUCUGAAGACUCUGAUCCAAGUCGGCUGUAAAGCUGCGAUUUAUAUCUCACAGCGGAUUUAAAAAGAAGCGUCUUUUUUUUCUUUUUCGUCUUAUUUAAUCUAGCACGGUGUUGAGUGUGAUCGAGAAGGUGUGACGAGUGUGAUGUUUAGUGACAGGAACGUGAGACUCUGCUUGUUUUAAAGCACAUCUUGAUGUCGUGGAUGACUUCGGUCUUGAGUUGUGACGUUGCUGUCGAAUUAAAACGCAGGAACUGUG